AAAGUACGACUUAACCUUCUGCGGGUCCCCCAAAUUGCGCUCUCACGACCUUUCCUUGGACGACCUCAUCCUUUUUGAGUGUCUGUACUCACAAACUCCAUGUCACUCUUUUAACACUCUGGACUCUGUUGCAUGUUGAACACGAUCACUAAUAAUUAAUUGUAAUGUAUUGAGUUGCCUGAACACCUCACGACUUCAUCGAAAUCAACGACAAACUGCGAAUAACAGUCUGGUGAUCAACCGAAUCAACACUCGCUCAGCCUUUACGAUGACGCCUCUCGCAGACCGGAGCGUCAACAGCCAAAGUCGCAUCCCCAUGGUCGGACCUGAACCAAGGUGCCGUAUCAACGAUGAGAAUGAACCUCCAGUAUCCAACCUCACACGCCUGCUGGCCUCGACAAAAUCAUCCGUAGCGCGCUCAGGAUCUUCUCCGUCGCCCAUAUCAACUUCGCUUGGACCAAGGACCAUCUCGGCAAGUUCGAGCCGUGGGCGCCUCAGCACGGUUACCUCAAAUGACAGCCUAAACUCGAGCUUUGCACGUCGUCAAUCUCAGGGUCGGCCAUCACCAGUGCCAGUCCCCGAUGCCCUUCGCCACCUUGUCUCAAAGUCUCCUACCAAAUCGGCUCGCAGAGCUAUACGCCAGGGUAGGCCGAGUUCUUCUGCUGCUGAGAUCACGCAAGCACACAAUCAAGUUCCCGAAGCCAGAACAGGUCGCAGGAACAAGUCUUUGCUUCUCGAGAAACCCCUACCAUCUCGACCGUUCUACGUUGCUACCGACUCGAUGAGUUCGAUCAGAGAGACAUUUGAGCUCUCAGGUCCCAGCGCUUCAACUGCGAGGCAAAAGUCAGCAGUCUCUCCCCAGCGCCCGGUCACACGCCGUGGAAGCGUGACUCCCAGUGGAACUCCUGGUACAACAUUCAGAGCUUCGAGCAAGCUUCCAAGGUCGUCCGGACCCAACAGUCCUGUCGUGGUAUCUCCUGUCCUUCCACAGUUAUCUAGCAGCUUUAAUUCGCCUCACUGCGCCUCGCCAGUGUCCUCGCUCGACGUUCCGAGCAGGAUGGACACCAAACGACCCGUGCUAUCCGUCACGUACGCAGAAAAUCCUCACCCACCAAGAUUCUCAUCGCUUCGCACACCCGAACCCAAGCAUCAUGAUGCGGGUCUAGGCAUAGGUGUAGUUACAAGUACAAGAGACAGUUCUUCCGCCGAUCACCAAGAACGCAGAUACCUCCCUGCAGAGAAUAGCUUUUCACGCCCCAGAGCUCAGCAUCUGGAGAGAUCAUCAACAAGUGCCAUGUCCUUAUCUGUGCCGCAGGCUCAUGGCAGUAAAGUCCCGCGAAGCCCGAUCACAUCUACAGUCUCGCCUAAGACGACGCCUAUGAUCGUCCGCAGUCCACCCAAUUCCAAGCCAUCGGUGGCCGAUGAUGUCCUGACAUUUGCAGGCCGACGUUUGGGCAACCCUGCAGAUUUUGCCACACUGGAUCAGGGCAGUACACGCCCAUCAAAUCGCCGAGGUCAGCCUUCGAAGGUAUCAUCGCAUGGAAAGAACAAUCUGGCUGUACAUGACCCACCUUCAAGAGCUUCAUCACCUUCCGACCCCAACAAACUGAGCCCCAUGAGAUUGAUCUUCGGUGAAAACAAAUCUGCAUCGGACGAUGUUUUUGAAUACACGAGGGUCAAGAAGCUUUCUGGAAGCUUACUCUCGAGCUCCUUCGUCGGCUCGACACUGAGUAUCUCAGAUGAAGCUGAUCAGCUCAUCAUGGGGCCCGAGGGGGCCCGUACACCCUCUUUCGUCUCUCAGUCGAGCCUUGCAGCUCCUGCCGACGCUGACCUCGAGUUGCCCUCACCUAGUGAGAACGGAUUCCAUGUGUCAUGGCCUGCUAACUUUGGGUUCAAUCCCGCCGAUUUGGGCCCGGAGUCGCCGACGGUGCAGAGCUCGCCUUCUGUGCGGCCUAAGACGUUUUCGAGAAUCUCAGAAGGUAGCGAACAGUCGAUUUUGGAGACAAACACCGGAGAACUUGGACAACGUGACAUCCAGCGAACAGACUCCAUGCACCACACUGAUGGCCCAAGGCCGAAUCAAGACUCCAGGAAGGAAGACUCAGCGACCUUGUCCAUGCUAGAAGGCAAUUCUACCAGGAAACACGUAUCCUCGGCCAGUGCCUCGAAGCCCACCGAGACUCGAAGCAGUACGACAAAGCCAUCCCGUGUCUCCUCCAAGAUGAUCGGCCAGGGACCUGCACGCACUCGCAAUGAUCGUGUCCCAUCAUACAUGCUUCCUACGCCAGCUUCAGAAGCACGUAAGAGCUUUGUGGUUCCCCCUUUGGACGUCCGUCGUAGUAAGGCAAACUCCACCCCGGACUCGGACGGCCAUCGAGCUUUAAAAUUUACACAGCUUGUACAACCAUCAGGAUCUAGCAAAGGUGACACCUCUCCAUCGGACAAACCUGAACAAGUGUCAGAGCUUUGUGGCGAAAGUCGGAGCGGUCGCUCGACACCUGUGCCUAUUAUUCCCCGGAACGAAACUCCUACGACAAAUCCCAGUCAGCUUCCGGGCCAGGCGGCCGUCACUCCUAAAUCUAGUCACAGGAGAGGAGGCAGCUUCAUGCAAUGCGGGUCGAUCGGCAACAUCAAGCUUGGCCGUCAGUCACCCGAGCCUCUUGAAAUAUCCCGCGAUGGUACCUUCCCAUCGACCAGGUCCAGGAGCGAAGCGAAGGGCAAGUCGGUACUCGAUAAUCUGAAGGAACUAUUCUCCAGCAAACGUGAGGUUCCAUCAACAUCUGGCUCUGGUGGCCGAAGAUUUUCGAUAGGGAGUCGCAAGUCGGCCUUGGCGGAUGCCGACAUACCAGAGGUGCCCGCUGUUCCUUCUCUUCCUGAAGCCAGGAAAGGACCAACGACGAAAAGCAUUCUGGUCAAGAAAACCGCCGUGGAGGAAGUACAAUCUCCUAGAAGAGCAGCUACACUGCUAGAAUCUCCACAAAGCUCGAUUGUCAAGGAUACUCCAGCGAGCUUGAAUGCUGCUGAGCAACACAUUCCAUCACUUCUCCGCAAGAUCUCUAAGAACAAUCUUGCGGCAGCCGAGGCAAACCAUCAAGUUGAUUUGGACUUUGUGAAGCGCGAUACUGUCACAUUGAUGGAGAUGGGACUCACUCUUCGUCGAGAGGCCUCUAAGGAAGACGAUCUCGUUCGCAAAGAGCGCAUGACUUCUUUCGCUCAAGUCAUGCUUGAUACAGUUACUAACGCUGUGGAAGCCGAGCGCAACAUGUAUACCGCCAUGCAGGCAGCGGAACAAGCGAAGCUGUCCUACAUGAUGACUCAGCAGAGUGUUCAAGAGAUGAACAAACUCGUCUCGACCUCUCAACGACCGUCUCUGUUCAAGAAGAAGAAGCAUCAGGAGAAGGGCAUUUGAGCAGUCUAUCCUCUAGGAUUCUGCAUAGCAUCCUGAUGCAUGUCUUCGACCUGGUACAUCAUUGCAGUAUCGAUAACGAUAUAUGACGGGUCACCCAAAGUAUGCCGGAACUCAUUUCUUUUGUCCUUCGCAGUAAUUUGGCGUUGCGUCGGCAAGACUCGGCGAAGUCUACGAAGAUACCAUUCUGUUUUAUUAGCUGUUGGGAGACACAUCAUCGUAAUACAUUCGUGUGCUCUAGCCACGUCAAUUAAUACAAGAGAUCAUGUUCAACAUGGUGGCACAGAACUUGUCAGGUCUGGCAUGCUUGAAGGUUUCACGUUGUUUACGCCCCA